CCGAUCAGAAUGAAUUAUUCGCGAGCAAUUUAAAUUUUUUUUUCUCGCAUUUGCCAUUCAGUUUCAAGUGCCGUAAACACCGUUUUCGAGUACUUCCUUUCGGUUUUAAGAAAGGAACGGAGAAUUACUCAUAACAACAACUCGUUUUUUUGUAUUUUUUUAUCGUUAAAAUGUUUAGUUUCAAGAUGGUUUGGACGACGAUUCUGUUAAUUUUAGUUGUUAAUAUUCAGUUCGCAUACUCACGAGCUUAUUUGUUACGAGUGGAAUCGAACGCACCAGCGAUCAAAGGUUCUGUGGUUACAUUUACAGCCGAUUUACUUGAAUUGAACGGAACGGUAGCGAAUGUGGGCGAUACAUCGUUGAAAUGGGAAUGGCUAAUCGAUGACCAUGAAAAACAAGAAUUCAAAACGACAGUGCCACAUGCCGUGUGGACGUACCAGUUUCCGCAGCAUUCCAAUAAACAUCUCAACAAAACCUAUAAAUUGGAAGUGAGUGUGGGCUCUUCGUUUCUAUUAUUUUGGUACCCAAUGGCCAGCGCUGUUUUGGAAAUCAAUGUCACAACUAUGCUAAAUGGCGAGCUCAAAUUGAGCCAAGGCGAAAAGCAAGUCAAAUCAACGAAUAUUGCCACGAAAACGUUGCUCGAUCAAAAGCUUGAAAUUCGUCGUGAGGAUUUAGAGAGUAUCCAAAAUGCCACCAGCACUGUAGUGCAUUGGUUUGUUGACUGUCAUUAUGUUCGCGACACAAAGGAAUUUAACACCCAGGAAAUAUUCACCGAACCAAAUAAAACGCACCGUAUCGAAGCAUUGAUCGAGGCAUCCUUUGAGCCACUCCCAACCAAAUCCGUUCCAACGCUCACAUCCAAAUUGAUUGCAAAUUGGCGAACGCAACACAAAGCCGAUUUGCCAUUUGUUUGUCAUAAUAAAUCAAAAGUCGCGGCCGAUCCCAACAAAGUUUACGGUUAUUUUGCCACGAACAUCACGGUUUACGACGCAAUUUCAAAUUUAGUCGUUAAUGGAUCAACAUGGAUAAACGACGGUGAUGACUAUCAUUUGAACAUUUACUGCUCUGGUUCACCCAAAUUCGAAUAUUGCUUGCGACAAAUUGACGGUCCCUACAUUCUAAAUGGGAAUGAGUCUUGCGAUGAUUGGGUCACAAUCGACGAGUGUCAAGAAAAUCUCAAAUUUCCACAAGGUGUUUUGAAUGUUAAAUCAUUCACCGUGCUAGUCGUUGUCCGCAAUCCCGUUUCAAUCGAACGAAAACUGUUCGUUGUAAACAUUACACAGCCAGUAAUUUUGGUGGCCACCGUCGUUGGUGCCGUUGUGUUUACACUGUGCAUCAUAGCAGCAGUUACAUUCUGUUUGGUGCGAUGUCUUCGCAAGAAGAGAAGCAUAAAAAGGAAGUCCAUUCGUUCGGAUGCUGAAACCACACUCAUUGGCCAAAAUCCAAACAAAGGGUCAGAAACAAAGUUCAUACCAAAUAAAGAUCGUCUUUGAACGACGUUACCAUGGAAUAUAAGGGAGUUGAAGUCCAAGAGUUACCGUAUGAAUGAUUCAAAUAGAUUGUACCUGCUCAUAACCAAAAACAUACUGUCAAUUUUUUUAUUGUUUUCAAAAUAGAAUAAAUCGAAUUAACCUAAA